AUGGGUGAUGACGAGGUCACUUACACAACUGUGAAAUUCCAUAAGUCUUCAGACUUGCAGAAUCGAGGAAGGGCUGAUGAGAAGCAAGGGCCCAGAGAAGCUGGCCGCAGGGAGUGUUUAGUUCCAUGGCACCUCAUUGCAAUACCCCUGGGAGUCCUUUGCUCCAUUCUGCUGGUGACAGUUGCAGUGUUGGUGACAAACAUUUUUCAGUAUAGUCAAGAAAAAAAUGAAUUGCAGAGAUCUCUGAAUAAUCUUCAUCAAGAGAAGAGCACCAUGCAAAAUGACAGCUACUUAAAGAAAGAAAUGUUUCAAAAUAAAUCUAUAGAGUGUGAUGCCCUCAAAGACCAUCUGUCCUCCCUCAACAGAACACUGAACAGAUGCUACCAGGAAACUAAAGUUGUUUUAGAUUACAAACAGCACAGAGGCACAAGUGUUGAAGGACACUGGUUCUGCUAUGGCAUAAAAUGUUAUUAUUUCAUCAUAAACAAAAAAAUCUGGAUUGGUUGUAAACAGACCUGCUGUGACCACAGCUUAUCCCUUUUGAAGAUAGAUGAUGAAAAUGAACUGAAGUUCCUUCAGCUCCAAAUGAAUACAAACAAUUACUGGAUUGGAUUAAAAUAUGAUGAAACCAAAGGGAAAUGGCUAUGGAUUGGUGAUGGCCCAUUUAAACAUGAGUUGAACAUAACAGUUCCCAAUCCUAAGACUGGAAAAUGUGCAUUUUUAUCUAGAACAAGACUAGAUAAUGAUAACUGUUUUAAAUCCUACUCCUGUAUAUGCGAGAAGAGACUGGAUAAAUUCCCUGAUUAACUCUCCAGCAAGAGGUAAAGGUAAAAUGGAAUGUGCUGAUCUUCAUUUGUUUCCUGCAAUAAUUUGUGACUUCUUAUGAACAAGUGUUGUGAUCACAGGACUUAGACCACUGUGCAAACAGAGAGACAAGCUGAAAGAGGUUGAGAAUGUUCUCCAGAAUCUGACUUGACAGAGAAGAGGCCAUCUUUCUUCUUGGAGGAGCACAUCUUCUCUGGUGCAUGGACACCCUUUGGCCCAAGCCCCUGAAAAAUCUGCUCUUUUUGUUUUUUUAAACACCCAUAGAGCUAAAUA